GGGCGUUCAUGUAAUGGCAUAAGCAAAGCAAAUAGGUGGAUGGAAACAUCCAACAAGGUUACAAUGAGUAGUUAUCGAAAACAUAUUUUGGCACAGUUACAAGAAAGAAAGAAAGAAGAGUCUGCUGCUUUUCAGGAUCUUAUAUCGUUUUGUAAUCAUUUGUUUGAAGGAGUUGAUAUUCUUCGAGCUCAAAAUGUACAACUUACUGUCCAAAAAGAAAGGUUGCAACAAGAAAACUUGGACGUUCAGGCUCGAGAGUCUGGGACUGGAAAAUCAAAUGAAAAGACAAUGACACUUGAAAAAAAAGUAUACCAGUUGCAAGAAGAACUUACUGAACUACAUAGGAGGAAAGGAGAGCAUACGCAGCAGCUUAUUGAUUUACGAAACAUGCUUGAAGAAAAAGAAAAAGAAUUAUCUUCCAAGAUCUCCAGGUUACAAGACACAGAAGCAGCUCUUUCGGCUCUAAGACUGGCUUGCAAAAACUUGGAACAAACGAUAAUUGAACAGGAGUCAGCAAACCAAAUACUGAAAGAUGAAUAUGAAGCUCUCCAACUGGCUUUCUCAAGCUUAGAGCAGAAACAUCAAAAACUGGAAAAGGAUCACAGUGACCUGAUAACAAGGUGGAUGGCUCACAAAGCAAAAGAUGCAGAUAGAUUAAAUGCUGAAAAUGAAAGGGUAGUAAGGGUAAAACAAGCACAACUUCAAAAAGAAUUAGAAGAAGCAGCUAAAGAACCUGUUGUUGUGAAAGGAGAUUAUUUGAAGUCUGCACCAGUUUGUAUUGCUGCAUCAGUUCCUAACAAGAUGCUGUUUAAGUUUGAUGCUCAUGAUGGUGAAGUGAAUGCAGUGAAAUGGAGUCCCUCGGGCAAGACUGUUGUAACAGGAGGUGGAGACAGAAAGUUGAAGUUGUGGGACAUAGGCCAGAAGGAAGCAGUUUUAAAAGGUACUUUAACUGGAAGUAAUGCAGCUGUGAUGUCUGUUGAUUUUGAAACUGAAGAGACGUUAGUGGUGGGUGCUUCCAAUGACUUUGCAAGUCGUGUGUGGACAGUUGAUGAUUUGAGACUAAGGCACACACUUACAGGACAUAGUGGAAAAGUUCUUGCAGCUAAGUUUCUUGGAGAGUUCAGUAAAGUUGUAUCAGGUAGUCAUGACAGAACACUCAAGAUUUGGGAUCUCAGAAGUAGGUCUUGUAUCAGAACAAUAUUUGCUGGUUCAAGCUGUAAUGAUCUAGUCACAAGUGAUGGCUCUGGAACAAACAUAAUUAGUGGGCACUUUGAUAAACGUAUUAGGUUUUGGGACACAAGGUCAGAGUCUAGUGCUAAUGAAAUUUUACUUCAAGGAAAAAUCACAUCCUUAGACCUAUCACCAGAUGGUUUCUACCUGUUAAGCUGUGUUAGAGAUGACACCUUGAAACUUUUAGAUCUUAGGAUGAAUCAAGUGAUUCGGACGUUUUGCGCUGAUGGUUUCAAGGUUGGAUGUGACUGGACACGUGCCAAAUUUAGCCCCGAUGGUCAAUAUAUAACAGUUGGGUCACAAGAUGGUGUUUUAUUCAUCUGGAACUGUAGUUCAGCUAGAGUGGAAAAAACGCUUAAAGAACAUAAUACUAUUAUUACUGCUUGUUCUUGGAAUCCAAGUGGGCAGUACAUUAUCAGUGUGGACAAGAAUAAAAAAGCUAUUGUAUGGACUGAUAUAUGAAAGCAGAUUAUGGAUUCCAUCUGAAGAACAAAUGUAUUAUGAAUAUCUUUAGCCACAAAUAUCUUUGGUUAUCGAUGUCUUCAACUGGAAAGCAAUUUUGUUGUGAAUCUUUUAGAUAUCAAAAUGAAAGCUUUUCUGUUGGGAAUCAUCUUAUGUUUAUUUGAAAGCAAUUGCGAGGAAAACUAGUGUUCAAUGAAAUCAAAGCUGCAGACUUUCUGAUGUCUAACAAGUCAAAGCAUAUUUGCACUGAAUCUUAACACAUGAGGUGGAUCUACUUCUGAAUAGAAAGAAAGUUCCUACAACUCUUUCCUGAAAGAGAACAUCUUGGAUUCAACAGAUGGAGAGUUCUUUCUGAUUUAAAACCACAAGCAGAAAUCUCAUUAGUUGAAAAAGUCAACUUUAACUUGUUCUAUUUUACUUAAGAGUUCUUCUUUAUAACUGUUAACUGAUUUAGCACAGCAGAAAGAACUGUGAUUAAUAAAAAAAAUCUUCCGUUACACAGUUGUAUCUUGUUAACUGUACACUGUAGAAACUCGGGAUGAGUUAAAGAAUGGAGUGUUUAUAAGAAAGAAUUGCUUUUUUUAGCUAGCUAUUGUGGUCACUUGGUUCAUGUAACAAUUUUAUAUUUGAAUGUGUACUGAGGUAACAUCUAACCUGAAACAGUAAUUGUAUAUUCUUGCUCUUGUACAGUUUGUCAUAAAACUUGAGAUUGUA